GUCGGCCCGGCUGGGGCACCCAGGGUUCCCGCGGCUCCCUCUCCCCCAGGGGGCGCUCAGCGGGGCCCUGGAGCUGGCGGGAGCGGAGAGGGCGCGGGGCGGCCGGGGGCGAGGCCAUGCGCCCGCAGAGGGCGGCGCUGCUGCUGGCGCAGCUGCUGGUGCGGAUCGAAAUCGCCGAGCAGGCCCUUCGGGACAAGGACCUGCUGCUUCCAGGUUUUCAGAACUCGUCGAUGCUCUCAUGGCCUUGUGGCAUCCAGGGCAUCCAGGUGCGCGUGGUGGGUGGAAAUGAGGCCAAGCUUGGGCGCUGGCCGUGGCAGGGCAGCCUGCGUUGGAAUAAAGUCCACAGCUGCGGAGCGAGCCUGGUCAACCGCCGCUGGGCGCUCUCGGCCGCGCACUGCUUUGAAAAGAACAGUUAUCCCUCCGAAUGGUCAGUCCAGUUUGGGGAACUAUCUGCCACACCAUCCAUUUGGAGCCUGAGGGCCUUCCUGCGUCGAUAUGGAGUCCAGGAUAUUAUCACAUUCCCCCAAUUCAGGAAGAAUUUUCAGCAUGACAUCGCCCUGGUGAAGCUCUCCUCCCCGGUUACCUUCAAUAAGCACGUCCAGCCCGUCUGCGUCACGUCCUCCUCCUUGGAGUUCAAGAACCGGAAUGACUGCUGGGUGACUGGCUGGGGGAACAUCGGCGAGAGACAGAAGCUGCUGCCUCCCUACAAUCUCCGGGAAGUGCAGGUCUCCAUCAUAAACAAAUCCAGGUGUUCCUACCUGUUCCAGCAGCCUUUAUACCGCAGAAACAUCAAUCAUGACAUGAUUUGUGCUGGCUCUGAGGAUGGCGACGCAGACAGCUGCAAAGCUCCUGCCAGGCUAGUCCUGGGCAGCACCACCCUUACCGGGCCCAGCCCUGAAGACAGAAUGAAGUGGCCUUCCUCCCUCCAGGUCCUGCUCCUACUGCUGCUGGGAGCAGCCGGGACCCUGGCAUAUGUAGGUAAGGAAGCCGCGGAAACCCCCUGUGCCUACCCCUCCCUAACCCCGCCCCCACCCGCCUCCCCGGCCCCACCCCUCCCUAACCCCGCCCCACCCGCCUCCCCGGCCCCACCCCUCCAUAAACCCGCCCCACCCGCCUCCCCGGCCCCACCCCUCCAUAAACCCGCCCCACCCGCCUCCCCGGCCCCACCCGCCUCCCUAACCCCGCCCCCACCCGCCUCCCCGGCCCCCACUGCUCUGCCCACCCCCAGUCCCCUUGUCCUCCCAGCUUGUGGGCAGCCUCGGGUGUCCAGUCGUAUCGUGGGCGGCCGGGACGCCAGGGCCGGAGAGUGGCCGUGGCAGGCGAGCAUCCAGCACCGCGGGGCGCACGUGUGCGGGGGCUCGCUCAUCGCCCCGCAGUGGGUGCUGACGGCCGCACACUGCUUCCCCAGGAAGGCGCUGCCCGCUGAGUACCGCGUGCGCCUCGGGGCGCUGCACCUGGGUCCCAGCUCGCCCCCUGCUCUCCUGGCGCCCGUGCGGAGGGUGCUGCUGCCCCCGGACUACUCGGAGGACGGGGCCCACGGGGACCUGGCGCUGCUGCUGCUGCGCCGCCCAACGCCCCUGAGCACCCGAGUUCAGCCCGUCUGCCUGCCGGAGCCUGGGGCCCGCCCACCGCCCGGCACACCUUGCUGGGUCACUGGCUGGGGCAGCCUCCGCCCAGGAGUGCCACUCCCAGAGUGGCGACCCUUGCAGGGAGUGAGGGUGCCACUGCUGGACGCUCACACCUGUGACCACCUCUACCACCUGGGCACCGACGUGCCCCGGGCAGAACACAUAGUGCUGCCGGGGAGCCUGUGCGCUGGCUACGUCGGGGGCCAGAAGGACGCCUGCCAGGGUGACUCUGGAGGACCCCUGGUCUGCAUGAAGUCUGGGCGCUGGGUCCUGGUGGGGGUGGUGAGCUGGGGCAAGGGCUGUGCCCUGCCCAACCGUCCAGGGGUCUAUACCAAUGUGGCCUCUUACAGCCCCUGGAUUCAAGCUCACCUCAACAUCUGAUGCAGUGACUGACCUGAAGCCAGACUCUGGGGUCCCUCGGCUGCGCCGUCUGUCUGGGGACGGACACAUCCCUCACCCUUCUGGACUGAAGGCUCAGAGGCCUGAUAAAGCCAAGGAGCCGCCCCUCCAUCCAUUUGUCUGUCUGUCCCCGGCGUCCUCUGUGGAGCUCACCAAAUGCGAGUUGCCAACCCUCCUCCAGGAGCCUCCCAUGUGUCUAGGGGUCUCACAUUCCCUCUGUUCCCUUCCUGCUCAUAUUUACCCUCCUGAACUCCAGCCAGGGCACCCAAAGACAGGCAAGUGAUUCAGUGCUGGGUCUGGUCUGCAUGCCCCUCUUUUCCGGAAGGAGUCAGAGGGAUACAAACGGGACCAGAACCCAACACCAAGGAGAUGAUUGUCCAUUGCUAGCUUUGAAGAUGGAGGGGCCACGUGGUGAGGAGCUGAGGGCAGCCCCUGGCCGACAGCCAGUAGGGAAAGGAGCACCUUGGCGCGACAGCUGCAAGGGACCAAUUCUGGCCAAUAACCUGAACAGGCUUGGAAGCCAACAACUCCUCCUGCAGCCUGCAGACCAGAGCCCUGACAGUCUAUGCCCUUGGUUUCAGCCUGGUGAGACCCUAAACAGGAACCCGGCUGAGCCCACCCACAGAGCUGUGAUGUAAUAAAUUAGUGUUUAAGCCGC